GAAGUAGAAGUAUUUUAAUUGUGAGAGAGAGAUAGAGAGAUAGGGUAAAACUGCUUCUAACAGGAACAAUCUGCGUAGCAGUCGAUCUAUUCAUUUCUGAUCUUCUCUCUCUAUUACUUCUAUUUAUCGCCUUCUCUCUUUCUCGCUCAGGGUGCUUCAGAAUGACAGAACCUUCCAAAGUUAUCCAUGUUCGUAAUGUUGGGCAUGAAAUUUCUGAAAAUGAUUUGCUUCAGCUAUUCCAGCCAUUUGGAGUCAUAACAAAGCUUGUUAUGCUUCGUGCUAAAAAUCAGGCUCUCCUCCAAAUGCAAGAUGUUCCUUCAGCCAUCAAUGCGCUGCAGUUCUACACAAAUGUCCAGCCAGCCAUAAGGGGUAGAAAUGUUUAUGUGCAAUUCUCAUCACAUCAGGAACUAACCACAAUGGAUCAAAACUCUCAAGGAAGAGGAGAUGAGCCGAAUCGAAUUCUUUUAGUUACAAUCCAUCACAUGCUGUAUCCCAUUACAGUGGAAGUGCUGCAUCAAGUUUUUUCUCCUCAUGGAUUUGUGGAGAAGAUUGUCACAUUUCAGAAGUCGGCUGGUUUUCAAGCUCUUAUUCAGUAUCAGUUACGUCAGAGUGCUGUAGCAGCAAGGACUUCUCUUCAGGGGCGUAAUAUUUACGAUGGUUGUUGUCAGCUGGACAUUCAGUUUUCAAACUUGGAUGAGUUGCAAGUGAACUACAAUAAUGAUCGAUCAAGGGAUUUCACUAACCCAAAUCUGCCUUCCGAACAAAAAGGUGGCAGAUCUUCACAGGCUGGAUACAGCGAUGUUGUUGCAUAUCCACAGGUGGGUAUCGAUCUGGACCUGAUGGCCAAUGCGGCUGCAAUAGCUGCUGCUUUUGGUGGAGGCUUACCUCCUGGAAUUAGUGGAACAAAUGACAGGUGCACGGUCCUUGUCUCCAAUUUAAACCCAGAUAGAAUAGAUGAGGAUAAGCUUUUCAACUUGUUUUCCCUCUAUGGAAAUAUUGUGAGGAUUAAACUUCUCCGGAAUAAACCUGAUCAUGCACUUGUUCAAAUGGGGGAUGGUUUUCAAGCUGAAUUGGCAGUUCAUUUUUUGAAGGGCGCAAUGCUUUUCGGGAAGCGAUUGGAGGUGAACUUUUCAAAGUAUCCAAAUAUAACUCAAGGUGCUGACACACAUGAAUAUGUGAACUCUAAUCUCAAUCGCUUCAACUCUAAUCUCAAUCGCUUCAAUCGAAAUGCUGCAAAGAACUAUAAGUACUGCUGCUCACCAACAAAGAUGAUCCACCUUUCCACUCUCCCUCAAGACAUAACAGAAGAGGAGAUUGUUAGCCUCUUAGAGGAGCAUGGCACUGUUGUCAACAGCAGGCUUUUUGAGAUGAACGGCAAAAAACAAGCCCUUGUUUUAUUUGAGACUGAGGAGCAGGCCACUGAAGCACUUGCUUGUAAGCAUGCCAUCUCGCUUGCCGGGUCAAUAAUCCGGAUUUCCUUCUCUCAGCUACAAUCAAUUAGAGAAACCUCCUAAAUAUAAUAAGGGAAAGGGUUGACAAAUGGUAAUACAUUUUUAAGGAUUUGGUACUCAGUAGAUUUGUUGGUGAUGCUCUUUUGCGAUGCUUCUCUUCUCCUGUAACAUUUCAAUGCUUUGAUACUGAUGGAUUGCUAUUUUUUUUUGUUUUUUCUUUUUCAUUUAUCGUUCUUCUCAUUCUGCUAAUAUUGGUACCAAUUAUUUAUUAGGUUUGUUGAAUUUGAGGACUCUUAAGUAGAUCUUCCUUGUUUGCAGAUAUGCUCAGUUUUGAAGAUUAGGAAAGGGGGAGGGAAUGUAUAAUUUAAUUGAAUUCCUUUUCUAGUUGUGUUGAGAGAGAUCGUUCUCCAUUGUAUCAUUGUUGUAUAUUUGCCUGUAAUUCUGGCUAAUUGGACCUUUCUGUUAUAUUUUUAAUCCAUAACCCAAAUUGUUCUCUUC